AUGACCCAACCAAAACCCCUCGCUCCUCCAACAGGAAUUCCAUUCUCCCGCGAGAUGAAAAUGACACUCCGCUAUAUCCUCCGGAAUCACAACGUCGAAACGUCGGAAGAUUUGGGGUCUUGCGAUUGGGAUGAGAUAGUUGCGCAUUGGGAGCGUAUCAGGACGCAUGAGAGGGAGAUUGUGGAUAUUGGGAGGCCGUAUACGAGGGGAGAUUUGGAGGGAGAGAUUGAGCGUCAUAGGGUGUAUUAUUUGGUUGAAAGGGUGAUGGGUGUUAGUGAGUGGUGGAAGAAGGGGGAGGAGGGAGAGGUUUGUGGGUUGGGAGGAUGA